AUGAUCCCUGGGGCCUUUCCCGGGACGAGGGCUCCUCCAGGAAGGCUGGCGUCCACAGGGGGCUCCUCCAGGAACAACCAGCUUCCAUGGGACUCUCCAGGAAGGCAACCUCAAGGACCCGCGCAGGGGCCAGGAAACGCUCCUAGGGACCCUCACAGGGACGGCGGCGCCCCCUGGGGCCCUGCUAGGGAAACUGACGACCCUAGGUGCCCUCACAGGGACAGUCAAGGUCCCUGGGGUCUUUCCAGGGACGAAGGCGCCUCCAGGGUCGGCGGUGGCCCCAGGGGACCUGGCAGGGGCGCAGGAUCCACCAGGGGCGCUCUUAGGGACAACUGCAAUCCUAGGGGCCCUUCCUCUCAGGGGCGGCGUCCUGGGGGCUCCUCCAGGAACCUUGAGCUUCCAUGGGACUCUCAGGAAAACAGCGGCUCAAGGGACCCUCCAGGGACAGAGCAGCUCUUGGGGACCCUCACAGGGAUUAGCGCCGCCUCCAUGGGAUCUCCUAGGGCACUGGUGACGUUGGGGAGCCCUACAGGGACAGCCAUGAUCCCUGGGGCCUUUCCCGGGACAAGGGCUCCUCCAG